AUGCUGUCAACCGGGAGAGCUCCCCAACGUUCGUGGACCCUCGAGCGCAAGGACGACUACGUCAAGGCCAACAACAUCGCGUUCGGAACGAUGUUGCUGCACAUAGGUGCGGACUACCACCAUGUGGUUGACAACUGCGAGGAAGCGUGGGUUGCGUGGCAGAGCCUGAAGGUGCUGUACGGUGGAUCCCAGAAAGCGGGAAAGAUGUACCUCAAGCGUCAACUCUUCAGCAUGAAGAUGGAUGAAGGUGCCAACGUCAUGCAUCACUGCAACGAAGUCCUGAACAUCGCUGUCAAGCUUAGCAGCAUCGGUGCGAAGGUGGAGGACGAGGACGUCGCAAUUUGCCUGCUACUCAGCCUCCCUAAGAGUUUUGAGAACGUUUUUCUAAACUUGGAGAUGAGCAGCGCGGAGCUUCGUACCCAAGAUGUGGUGAAGGUGUUCACGAAUGAGCACACCAAGCGCCAAGGGGAGAAGACGACAACAAUAGCGACGAUGGUCAAGACUGAAGAUGCAGCUAAGGCCUUCAACACUGAGCGCGAGCCAUACAAGUGCACCUACUCCCGACGCGGCGGCAAUGGUCGUGGACGCGGGGCAAACAAUGUCCAGUGGGGACAAUAUCGUGAUGAAGGCAGCGACUACGAUCAAGUAGCGUUUGCAGUUUCGCUUGAGUGUGGACUCUCAGCGAAGAAGGACGUUUCCGGAAUGUGGGCCGUCGACAGUGGUGCAACACACCACAUCUGCCACGACAAGACCAAGUUUGCAAGACUGAACAAGCACAACGACGGUGAAAUCUUGGUGGCGGAUAGCAACAAAGUGGCCAUCAAGGGUGUUGGAACCAUCUUUGAAACGGUGGUUCUGUCCGACGUUGAAGAGCGUGAGAUCGAGAUCAAGAACGUGCUUUACAUACCAAGCAUGAGCAAGAAUCUACUAUCAGUACCGCAGAUUAACAAGCACGGCAAGUUUCAAGUCGUGUUCGACGGGACCAAGAUGUUUGUCGCUCGCAAAGGAUCGCAACAAGUGGUGGCAACAGCAGAUCUUGUGGAUGGCCUUUACUGGCUUCACACAGCUCAUCGAUCUGCCAAUGCAACAAAAAGCGGAUGCAACGGUGUCGACUUACAUGCGCGGAUGGGACACACUCCAGAUGAUGUGCUUCGCAAAAUGUGGCCACGAACAUGA